AUGGACCACGGACGAUUUUUGGUGAUAUCAAUAGGAACUGGCUCUGCAAAGGUGGAGCAGAAGUACAAUGCAAAAAUGGCAGCCAAAUGGGGAGUACUGGGUUGGUUGAUUCAUGGAGGCUCCACCCCACUAGUUGAUGUGUUUACUCAAGCCAGUGCUGAUAUGGAAGAUACAUUGAGUGGGAAAGAUGCUCCGGUUGAUGUGUCCACCAAGGAGAACUUGGAAAACCUAUUUGAAAUCGGAGAGAGGUUGUUGAAGAAGCCGGUUUCGAGGGUGAACUUGGAGAUGGGUCUCUCCGAGCCAAUUGAAAACAGUGGCACGAAUGAAGAUGCUUUGAAA